AUGUCACUCGUAGGAGACAUUUUUGACUACGGUAUUGGUGUAGUUGCGUUUCGCAAGCACGGUGGGCGUGUGACAAAUCGCGUUGGUUUUAUCGUCCGUGAGGUCACCCACACGGCAGUUAAUUCCUCUGUGUUCGAUUUUGGACGCGCUACCCUCCCAUUUCUUGUAGCUUCGUCGAUUCCUUGUGUAGUUGUUAGCACACCAUCCCCGUCUUGUCGAUGUGAUGUCAUUUUCGUGCUGUCUGUGUUGAGCUCGUAUCUCAUUGGUCUUCGCGAGCCAGCAUGCAUUACUCUAACCAAUAGCGUCUCUCUUUCCGACAGAUCUGAAUCCAUCGGCUCGUCGAUUGUCUUCACGCGGACACGCGAAACCAGCAAUAAGAUCAGCCUCCUUCUUCGCCAAUUCCUCACGACUCCCGUCAUCACGUUGAACGGGGACAUGCCCCACGCUCAGCGACUUGGCGCUCUGGCCAAAUUCAAGCGCCUCCCCAUGUCCUGCCUCGUCGCCACUGACGUAGCCUCCAGCUUUGCUGACGGUUCUGUAUUUGUUGCCUUUACCAGGGGUCUAGACAUUCCGCAAGUGGGCCUUGUCGUGAACUACGAUGUGCCUCUAGAUGCCAAGACCUACAUGCAUCGUGUCGGACGAACAGCGCGUGCUGGCCGACGUGGUGCCGCGUUGACCCUUUUGACCCAAUUCUCCGUGGUGUUCUACCUGAAGGAGAUCGAGUCGCAUCUGGUGACGAUGGAGGGCGCCUCCACGCAGACGAAGGUGCCAGCCCUCCUCGAAGCCGGCAGCCCCGACGAUAAGGCCCUCGAAGACGCCGUGGGGGAGAUUCAAGACGAGGUGAGGACUGCUAUGGCAUUGGCCGCUAAGGUAGGUGCUUCAACGAGUUCACGAUUGCAAUCGUUUCCCGUUUGA